AUGAACUGCAAUAUUCAUCAAAAACUGUUGGUGCCAUUGAUUUAAAAAGUUAAGAUGACAUGUAAUCUACAAGGAAAUGAUAUGAAUCAUAUUGAAAAUAUAGUCCGUUCAGAUUAUCAAGCAGCUUACUCCGCCCCCUAGGCUACUAUAUCUUUCGCAUCAAUGUUUCAUUGCAGAUGACGAUUAAUCUUUGCUAUGACUGCAUUUAUUGACUUCUUUUUCUAACUUUUUAGAACAAAAAGAAAUAAAAAAAUCGUCCCGCGUGAUUAAGUGCGGAGAGCUACUUUGGCCGCAGAAGCGGAGUCCUCUGGUUGACAUUCAGGAUCUGAACAGACUGUAACUUUUUUUUAGAUGUUUCACUAUAUAUUUUUUUGUUGAUUUUAAAUCAUGCUCAUACCUAGGCGUUAAAUAUUUUAUAAAAACGAAUCGAAAAAAGACUCACUAUGAGAAACUCGAAAUUGCCAGAUAUUUCCUGAAGAAAUUGACGAUAAACUCGCUGAGAACGAAUAGCAGGCGAGGGUGCCCCUACAUUGGCGAGCCACCGACCACAACCAAAGCGCCUUCGAGAAAGAAGGGCGAGCCGAAAAUUGAGAGGAAUGAGAAAAAGGAGGAAAGCGAGGAACUAGCUCUCAUGGAUGCAAAAAGGUGUUACAGCUUUCUAGCAACUUUUCAGGCUAGGUCACGCUAAUAUCAUGCUCUUAUCGAUACAAGACUACUUUUGUUACCUCUAGAUAGACGAUUUUUUCUUGCAAAAACGGUUUUGAGGCGUUUCUACUGGCUAAAGUUCGACUUUAAAAACUGAUCGUUCAUGUUAACAUAUGUAAUCAACAACGUUCUACAAAACUGAUUAUCUUUGAAACCAUGUAUUUGUUAUGAAUAUGCGAAAAAAAUAAGAUUAAUCGCGAAAAAAAUUAACGAAUCACAAAAUCGUCGCGUUUCAGAAAACCAAGUGAGGAACGCUUCUAAAUUUUUUAGUAUUUUUAUACAUUAACAUAUUUUUAAACUUUAUGAAUGAAAAUAAAAAAAUUCUAGCGACGCGAAAAAAAGUUGAAGCUUUUAAAGUGACACCAAACUUUGAAGCUGCAUGCGAAAAAAAAUUUCAGCGACAUGGUAUACUUUUUUUAUUCAAUAUAAUAACUCAAAGUGUGUUUAAAAAAAGAAAAUUCAAAAAAAUAAUCAUUGGGACAGCGAAUCAAAUUAUAUUUGAUUUUUUUACCAAAAACCUCAUUUUUUUCGUCUGCCUCGAUGACGCGUGAGACAAUAGGAACGCGUUUAUCUUUUUGAUUAUGUUAUUAAGCGUUCAAAACUCUAUCAAUGAAAAAAUAAUAAAAAAAACCUAACGACGCGAAAAAAAUAACGGCUUUGAAAACCCCGAAAAAUGGCCUAUUUUUUUGGUACGUAGGAAAAAUUCGUGCAAGUGUCCGUAGCAGUGUUUGCGUCAAGCGAACCGACCUACGUUUUUAAAUGAUGCCGGAGCCGUUUUUCGUCAUCAAAUUUCACUUUUUCUAUUUUAUCUCGAAUUAAGAUUUUUUUUUUUUUUUUCUUUUUUUCCAAGUCAAACGAUAAUAAUUUUUCCCAAUUAGAAAAAAAGAGAAAUAAGCAAAAAAACUUCCUCCUGAACUUUUUUUAAGUAAUUUUUUAUGAUUUCAUCAAAACUGCUUAUGAAAAUUGUAAAAAAACUUGAUUCAAAAAUGGUUAAGAAAUGCGCACAAUUAAUUUGAAAGAAAGCGUGCGGCAGCGGGUAAACAGUGAUUUUGAGCCUCCUUGUUGAACGCCGCGCGCUAGUUUUUUGGCUAUAAUUUUUUUUCUUAGCGAACCGUUUUUCAAAAAAUGGACGGAUUAUGAAAAUUGACAGUCUCCUCUAUUGAAAAGUGUGAAAAACAUCUUUUUCGAAUCAUUAUGAAAAAGAGGCUUGCGUCCCCCACCUCUAGAGACAGAUCCUAUACAAAUUGCGGAGAGGGAAAAAAUUUUUAAAAAUUCCUUGGCUCUGGAACAGACGGCGCACUAAUGACCGGCCAACAGUCCCCUUUGACACUGUAUUAAACACGUAAGAGAAAAACCUUUCAAAAAUAAUCGGAAAAAAAUGACUGGUCAACGUCUUAUUUCUAGGAGGAUUUUGAAGUUAACUUUCAAAAAAUUUCAGGGAAUGUUUUAAUAAAUUCCCUUCAAGUUGCUUCUUUAUUAAUUACUGUUGAAACAUUUGAACGCAAAAAAAUUUGAAUUUCUUGAAAAAAAUUUUAAUCUCACAAAUUUCCUGUUCAAAAAAAUCAGACUGUAGCGCCGUCCACGACCAUAGAGAGGGUUUUCCAGAACUUAAUUAAUACUUAAGAAAAGUACAAACGAAUAUUUCUAGGAUCCAAGUACAGCUAUCAACUUCCUACACUAAAAAUCAGCAAUCUAUCAGAAAGAUAAAAAUGGGGCAACUAUCAACGAAAAUAAACUGUGAAAAGAAAGCGACUUACUGCGGAAUCUGCUCAGAGCGCGGCGACUUUUCGACAGUUCCUUUCUUCCGGUUGGAGUUCGCGACGCCAAAGACGCUCGUGUCGUGGUCCACGAGCUCCACGCCGGCGAACGGAAGCUUCUCUUCGACGCGCUUCGCAAAAUAAGUCGUUUUUCAACUCGAUAAUCUUCAAAAUUGCAAAUUUUUAGUGGCCGACCAGUACCUGGAGCACAAACGACUCGGCAAUGCCACCAUUCAUAUUGAUGAUCUCGUCAAGCUUUGGUACGUGAAAAAAGUCCGGGAAGUCUAGUGGGAAAAACUUCAGUCUUACAAAUUUCCUAUUCUGAAUGAGAAAUUUGUAAGAAUGAAAUUUUUAUUAGGCUAUUCGAAUAUCAGAUUUUAGCUCUGUCCACAACCAUAGAGAAAAACAAAACUUCGAAUAGAGUUUGCAAAAAGUCGAAAAAUAAUUGAUGGGAGGAAAGGGUGUUUUUUGCGCUUUUAGGAGAAACAAACAUUUCCCUCGGACAUUGGUAACGCGAAACGGACGUGCUCCGGACGUUUCUAGGCAAUUCUAGGGUUCACUUAAGAGCGCUGAGGCUACUAAAGUAGCCACUAGAAAUUCCCCGACACGUCCUAUUCGCGUCCCGUUCGCGUUACCAAGGUCCGAGUCCGUCAUUUAGUUCUCCCAUAAUAUGUUUUCCUUUUAUAUGGCAUCUUUCUGGACAUUGAUUAAGUAUAGAAGGUAUUCUGGAAACCAACAAAACUAUCUUUCAGGAAAAUCUACUUCAUACCGUCUUUUAUCUUUGGAAUCCUCGACUCAGCCCUCCUUAUCAUAGGUGGUAAAGGAAUCAGCAUGUAAUUAGCCUGAUGAGACUGAAAAAAUUACUAAAUACAGAAACUUUGCUGAACUCUACGGGUUGUCGGUGCUCACAUCAGCCGCCUUAGCCAACGUCGUGUCGAAUUUGUUGCUGCAACGAUCACAAGACCACGCUGUCCGCUUAUUAGGUUACUUGAACAUUCAGUAAGUCUUUGCUUCAACCAGUUUUUUUUUUUUUGAUUUUCUCUUCUCAAAGAGAGGCUAAAAACUUUGAGAUGCGUUGGUUGAUAGUCAAAGAUAAGAUAAAAGAAAACCGUUUUGACUGAUAAGUUCUGUGAACGAAAACAUUGAAUGAGUUGGACCAAGGGAGAAGAUAACUUCAGAAGACCAGUACUCACACCGGAGCAGAUGAACAAUCCUGACGGACUCAAUGUUAUUCAAUGGGCUCGGGUACUUUAUUUCUCUUCUAAGAACAAUUUAUAGAAUUCCCAGAUUGUCGGCCUUCUAAUUGGCUCAACGAUUGGUCUUUUUCCAUUGUUGUUCUUUGACGAUUGCUUCGAUGUCCGAUCUAACUCCAAAGUACAUUGGUUGGAAAGUAAGCUCAUGGGAACAACUUGAAAGAAAUGCCAGCUGUUCAGUUGUUGACAAAUCGUAUCAUCGGGAAUAUAGAAGUUCAGAAUGCGGCGACUACCUUGAAGAUACGAUUGAAUCUUCGAAUACUCCUAAAAAAGAGUUACCCCCCACUUCAAAUGCUUACAUGAGUCUUGACUAA